UCUCAUUCAGAUGGGCUUGUUCAGUCGCGAAACAAUUAUUUAGUUAUUAUUAUAUUUAGUCAUAUCAGUGCAAUAGAAAGUACUUGUAAAGUACUUGAAAAAGCCCACACUACAAUAAAUAAAAAUAAUAACAAUCUGUGCAACAAAUAUGUGCAAGAUCCAUGUAUAGCGAUUUUCAGUUAUGCAUGCGUGUGUGUGUGAAUGCGAGUGCGAGUCGAGUGCCUGUGUGUGUGAUGUGUUGUGUGCUUGAUUAAUGAAAACAGUUGUGUUCGUAGUGGUGUAAAGUGCAGCAAUAGCAAUUAAGUUUAAUUAAAUAAUAAAUUGAAUGUGAAUUAGCUGCCAGAGUGCAUUUACAUAGAGUCAGCACAAGUCGUAGCAAGAGUAUAACGAGAUGCCACCACUGAAGAGCUACUCCAUGCACCAUGAAUUCAAUGCAAAUGCAAAUUGUCACAACGGCAAUGAAAACACCACCGAUAACGAUAACGAUUACUUCAACCAGCCUGCUACUGCAUCUGCUACGUCUGCAGCUAGCACCCAACGCACAAAUCUACCCUCUUACUGCAACGCCCAAUACCCAUUUAAGGUGCUAUCCAAUCUAAACCAAUUGCGGGAGCAGUCACGCUUCUGCGAUGUCGAAAUUGUUGCAGGCGAGUCAACGUUCAAUGCACAUCGCGCAGUGCUGAGCGCUGCCAGCGCCUACUUUGAGGCCAUGUUCAGGCCCGAGUUAGGCCUCAAUGAAGUCAAGCAGAAAUCAGUGGUAUUGCAUACAAUCGAUGGCGACAUACUACACAUACUCUUGGACUUUAUCUACACAGGGCGUUGUGAAAUUACGCAGUCAAAUGUGCAGGAAUUGCUCGCCGCCGCGGAUAUGCUUCAACUGAACGAAGUUGUGGACGGCUGUUGUGAAUUUCUGUGUCGCGAACUGCAUGCCACAAAUGCACUGGGUAUAUUGCGGUUUGCAGAAGCACACAAUUGCGAGUCUCUAGCAAAAAGUGCAAUGAACUUUGUGCAGGCCAAUUUUCCAGCGAUAACGCUGGAAGACGAGUUUCUGGAGACCCCGCAAACUUUGUUAUCGCAGCUGCUUAACUCGGAGUUGCUACGUGUUGAUUCUGAAUCACAAGUGUUCCAGGCGGCGCUACGUUGGAUUAAGCACGAUGUGACGCAACGGCGCUGCUAUGUCUUUGACAUACUGUCGCAUGUCCGCAUGGCCUUGGUGCCCGUGAAGGUAAUCGAUAAGGCUUUGAAGGAUGAUUGUCGCGACAUGUCUGUGAAAAUCGCGCUACGCUCCAUUUGCCGAGAUAUUGCCUCAAAGCGCGGCCAACUGGUGCCACUGCGCGUUUGUCCACGGCAGCUGGCCAAGAAAAAUAUCUACAUUAUUGGAGGAUCCCAUCGCGAUACGCCACGCACCUGGAACUCGGCGGAUUGCACUUUCGAAACGGUGGCCAAAUUCGAUAUUUUCCGCCGUGAAUGGACUGAGACGGCGCCUAUGGAAGUGGGCCGCAUUCUGCCGGGCGUGUCGGCAUUGAAUGGCAAGAUUUAUGUGGUGGGUGGCGAACGUGGAUCGCAAAUUCUGGCCAACGGCGAGGUGUACGAUCCACAGAACGAUAUCUGGCAACCAAUAGCACCGAUGAUAGUGCCCCGAUGUGAGUUCGGAUUGUGCACCAUGGGCGGCAAUUUGUUCGCAGUAGGCGGUUGGAUUGGUGACGACAUUGGCGGUACAAUGGAGUGCUACGAUCCGGAGAAAGACCUCUGGAAACUGAUUGGCAGCAUGCCGCAGCCCCGAUUCAGCAUGGGUGUCGUUAGCUUCGAAGGUCUGAUAUAUAUAGUGGGCGGUUGCACCACGACCGCCAGACAUUUACCAGAUUUAAUAAGUUACAAUCCCGUGACCAAGGAAUGGACGCAGCUGGCACGCAUGCAAACAGCACGCUGUCAAAUGGGCGUCGCCGUGCUCGAUCGCUACUUAUAUGUGGUGGGCGGGAGCAGCAUCAGCCAGGACAUACUUAGCUCCGUGGAGCGAUACAGCUUCGAUGAUGAUAAGUGGUCGACGGUGUGCGCACUGAACGUUCCACGGGCUAUACCCGCAGUGGCUGCCGCCGAUGGCUUACUCUAUGUAGCUGGCGGUGAUCAGCCAUGCGAAGUAAACUUUUAUCGUGCUCAAGUAACAAUCAGCGCUGUGGAAUGCUAUGACCCACUCUCAGAUACUUGGAAGAAUUGUCCUGACUUGCCGGUCAGCCGAUCCGAAGCUGGCGCCGUAGUUGUGUAAGAAGCAGCAUCACUAGCAAGUAGUCCGCGCUUGCCCAAAGUCCAACAGUCUUACGAAUCUUAUUUUAAGCACUUUUAAUAUGCCCAGCCAAUCACACCAAACAUUAUUUUCUCUUUGAAAGUUGAACGUAGUGCUCUCUAACCAAAGCUAAAAGCUAAUGAGCUUUGUUGCAGUUUAAUGUAUAUGAAACGUAGCUCAGCUAUUUACACACCCAGUUUAGUAUUAUUUUUAGUAAUUAGUCUGGAAAGCAACAGCAAAAACAGCACAGCCAGCAUCUGAUCGUUCCGUAGUAAAGUUCUCUUGAAUAAAUACGAAAUAAUAAGAAAACCGAAAUUCGAAAUUCACAUGGCAAAGAUUGUUAAUCGACGUAUCGUAAUUGCUGAAAUAUUGUUCAACUGAAACCUAUUUAAAGUUUACGUUAUCAAAUAAUCAUUAAAAUAUGUGAAAUCGCCAGCAUUGUUGGCGCGUUCUUGAAAAGUGCGUGCCCGAAUGAAUAACUUUGUAUCAUUAAAAUGUACCAAAAACGAAAAGGAAACAUUCAAA